AUGCGCAGCCCGGCGCUCUCGCUGAACGCGCUGGCCGGCUCCCUGCGUGACUUGGACGCUGCCCAAAUAAUCCUGGCGAUUCAGGCACUUCGGUUGCGGCCCAUACGCGAGGCGUGGCGCGAGUUUUGGGACAUUUUCGGUCCUGGCGGCAAGCUGCACCCGGGCUGGUUCAUUGAACACCAGGGCCACCUCUUCAUCGAGGGCGGCCUUAUGGCCAUCAUCCUCGUUCUGUUCUUCCAAAGCGGUUAUCGGCCCAAGAAGGAGCAGGAGGAGGAGCCCUUGACGGAGAAGGAAAUCGACGAGCUCUGCCGCGAGUGGAAGCCGGAGCCGCUCGUGCCGGAUGUAACAGAGGAGGACCGCCUGCCAGACCCUCCCGUGAUUGAGGAGUGGGAGAGCAGCCACUGGGUCACCGUGGCGGGGCGGCGCGCGCUCAACCUGGCGGCUGCGGACUUCCUGGGGCUGGGCAACGACCCGGCAGUCCAGGUGGCGCCGCCCCGCAGCGCGAGGGGGGUUCGGGUUCGGGCUGCGGCGCGCGCCACAGUGGAGCGCUACGGCGUCGGGUCUUGUGGGCCGCGCGGGUUCUAUGGGACUUUUGACGUGCACCUGCAGCUGGAGCAUGACCUGGCGGCCUUCAUGGGGGAGGAGGAGGCCAUCAUAUAUUCCUACGACAUAGCCACCAUAGCCUCCGUCAUACCUGCGUUCGCGUCGCGCGCCGACAUACUGGUGAUGGACGAGGGCUGCAGCUACCCAAUCCAGCAGGGCGCCAAGCUGUCGCGGGCGCGCGUGUACACGUUCAGGCACAACGACGCGGCGGACCUGGAGGCGCUGCUCGAGCGCAUCGAGGCAGAGGAGCGGCGGGAGAGGAAGCCGCUUGUGCGGAAGAUGAUUGUGGUGGAGGGCGUCUACAGCAACACAGGGGAGGUCGCGCCCCUAAAGCGCAUCCACGAGCUCAAGGAGCGCCACAAGUACCGCCUCUGUGUGGAGGAGACCCACAGCUUUGGGGUGAUGGGCCCCACGGGCAGGGGCGCCUGCGAGGCGGCUGGGCUGCGGCCGGGGCAGGUCGAGAUCAUUUGCGCCUCCAUGAGCGGCGCCCUCGGCAGCGUCGGCGGCUUCUGCGUCGGCCACAGCGAGGUGUGCGACCACCAGCGGCUGUGCGGCCAGGGCUACUGCUUCUCCGCCUCCCUGCCCCCCUACCUCGCGACCGCCGCCAUCGAGGCGCUCCGCAUCCUUGGGACCCCCGACGGCCAGCUCCUCGCGUCCAAGGUUAGAGCGGCGUCCUCCGCGCUGCGCGCCGCGCUCGCAUCGGGCGUCCCCGGGCUGCGGCUCGCGGGCGCGGCGGCCGGGCCCGGCGCGGCGUCGCCGGUGCUGCACUUGCAUCUGGCGCCCGGCGCGGGGGCCGGCGGCGGCGGCGGGGGCGCGGCGGCGGCGGGGGCGCUGAGGCGGGUGGCGGACGCGCUGUUGAACGAGCACGGGCUUUUUGUCGUGAUGCCGAGGUACAGCGUGCUGGACGAGGUCCACCCCCCGCCGUCGGUCAAGAUCGUGGUCAACGCGGCGCUCGCCGAGGAGGGGCGCGUGGAGCAAGUGGCGCACGCGGUGCGGGAGGCGGCGGCGGGGGCGCUGCUCAGCGGCAGCUGA